AUGGAGGUAGAGACGGAGACUAUUGUGGAGAAGACGGAGAUAAUCAACAACGUAAUGUGCCUUUUGACAGACCCAGAUGGAACUCCUUUGGGUUCUCCUAUGUACCUACCACAGAAUGCUGGUCCUCAACACCUCAACCAGAUUGUUAAUAAGCUUCUAAACAAUGAGGAGAAGCUGCCAUAUGCUUUCUAUGUAUCAGACGAGGAGCUCCUUGUGCCACUUGAAACAUACUUGCAGAAAAACAAAGUCUCGGUGGAGAAGGCUUUGCCUAUAGUUUGUCAACCUCAAGCUAUUUUUCGGAUUCGUCCUGUGAAUCGCUGUUCGGCAACUAUUUCUGGUCAUGCUGAAGCUGUACUUAGUGUUGCCUUCAGUCCUGAUGGGCGACAACUGGCAAGUGGUUCUGGUGAUACCAGUGUUCGAUUUUGGGACCUGAGCACUCAGACACCAUUGUACACCUGCACAGGACACAAGAACUGGGUACUUUGUAUUUCAUGGUCACCUGAUGGAAAAUAUCUUGUAAGUGGGAGCAAGGCUGGAGAGCUUAUUUGUUGGGACCCACAAACUGGAAAGUCAUUAGGCAAUCCACUAACUGGUCACAAGAAAUGGAUUACUGGUAUCUCUUGGGAACCUGUGCACCUGAAUGCUCCAUGUCGUCGCUUUGUAAGUGCAAGCAAAGAUGGGGAUGCUCGAAUAUGGGAUGUUUCAUUAAAGAAAUGUGUUAUGUGCCUUAGUGGCCACACACUCGCAAUAACAUGUGUAAAAUGGGGUGGAGAUGGUGUGAUUUAUACUGGUUCACAAGAUUGUACAAUCAAAGUCUGGGAAACCACACAAGGGAAGCUGAUCCGGGAACUUAAGGGACAUGGGCAUUGGGUUAACUCUUUGGCAUUGAGCACCGAGUAUGUUCUUCGCACCGGAGCUUUUGAUCAUACUGGAAAACAAUAUUCAUCUCCAGAGGAAAUGAAGAAGGUUGCUCUGGAAAGGUAUCAAGCAAUGAGAGGCAAUGCCCCUGAGAGAUUGGUCUCUGGAUCUGAUGAUUUUACUAUGUUCCUUUGGGAACCUUUCGUCAACAAGCACCCCAAAACUCGCAUGACAGGUCAUCAGCAGCUUGUGAACCAUGUCUAUUUUUCACCUGAUGGGCAAUGGGUGGCAAGUGCUUCUUUUGAUAAAUCUGUCAAGUUAUGGAAUGGGACCACAGGGAAAUUUGUUGCUGCCUUUCGGGGCCAUGUUGGGCCUGUUUACCAGAUCAGCUGGUCUGCAGACAGUAGACUUCUUUUAAGUGGCAGCAAAGAUUCAACACUUAAGGUUUGGGAUAUUCGGACUCGGAAGUUGAAGCAAGAUCUUCCAGGCCACUCUGAUGAAGUUUUUUCUGUUGAUUGGAGUCCCGAUGGAGAGAAGGUAGCCUCUGGUGGUAAGGAUAGAGUGUUGAAGUUGUGGAUGGGCUAG